AUCAUGACAUGACGACGUGUUAAGCAUGAAUAUUACAUUAUUUCAUUAAUAUGUUUUACUUUGAUAUAAAGGUCAAUGAUAGUAUGAUAGUAUUUAUAUUUAUUGAGUAGGUAACACUCACAGAUAUUUAAAAAUAUAUAAAUUUAUGUAUUUUUAUAUAUCUUUAGGUACCUAAAUACUAUACUGAUUUUUUGUCAAAACACUGUAUUGUAAUUUGUAACUAAUAACCAGGGACUUGCUAGUAGUCAACUCAUGGUUUAAGAUGAGUCUUUUUUGUUUAAGUUUAUUACUAAAUUAGAACAAAUUAAAAGCAUUUAAAUCUAUAUUCUAUGUAUAAUGUUUGCAUCGUGAUAUAAUUAUUAUUAUCAUGGUUUGCAUAUAAUAUUGUAAUAGUAUGUGUUCAAACCAUAGACCUAAUUAUAUUAUGUAAUUGUAAUUAUAUUAUAUCAUGCCUAUGGUUCAAACCUUAGAUCAUAUACUAGUAUAUGAUCUAAGGUUUAAACUAAUUUAUUAUCUAUUAAGAUGUAUUAACAUAAUACAAAGUAGUUGUUAAUUAUACAUUUAAAUUGUUAAUUCUUUAGCAAUACAUUUGUAUGUUUAUGUACCUACUAAAUAAGUAGUUUACAUUUACUGUUAAAUAUUCCUGCUUUGUUGUAAUUUAUUCACUUUUAUAGUAUUAAAUGGAUUCUACUUCUGCUGAAAAUACAAAUCAACUUAAGCCACUCAAUGAAUUAAAUAGUGAAGAUCAACUUUUAAUAUCCAUGUGCUCAUUAGCUAGGGAGAGAGCAUAUGUUCCAUAUAGCAACUUCAAAGUUGGUGCUGCGUUGCGAUGUGAUGAUGGUACCAUAUUCUCAGGCUGUAAUGUAGAAAAUGCUUCUUAUGGACUUGCAAUAUGUGCUGAACGUACAGCUAUUGUGAAAGCUGUAAGUGAAGGAAAAACUAAGUUCACUACAAUUGCGAUUGCUGGAUUAAAUAAAAAUCAAUUUGUUCCUCCUUGUGGUGCUUGUAGACAAGUAUUAAGCGAAUUUAAUAAUCCUAAUAAUGACAUGAUUGUUUAUUUAUACCAACCGGAAGGUACUAAUGUUGUUAAGACAAGUGUUUCUGAACUACUUCCAUUGGAUUUUAAAUUUAAUUAAGUGAGUUGUUAAUUAUAUAGAAAAAAAUAAAUUAUCUACUAACUUAUUUAAAAUUUUACCUUUUAUGAAUUGGUUUUGACUAAUUAACUUCAAUUUUUUUUUUUAUUAAUGAUUACUUGGAAUAACAAUUUACAUUCUAUACAUAUCUAUUAUUUCAAUUUACAAGUGAAAUAUUUUUCUUUAUAAAAAUUUAAUUAAUUAUACAAUUACAGGGCUCUUAUACUUUGAUAGUUUGAUCUAUAUAUAUAUAUUUUUUUUUUUUUGUAUAUAAAUAUUCUGUUUUAUAAAUGUAUAAUGUCAUUGUUCACAUGAUGUAUAAAUAAUGUUAUUGUAUAUUUGUUAACCUAUUAUACCAAAAGUAAAAUAACUCAAUUUUUAAAAACUGUAUAAAUUCAUUGAAACUUUU